AUGUGCUGGCUGAGGGCUUGGAGGCAGAUCUUCCUGCCCGUGUUCCUCUCCCUAGCUCUCAUCCAGCUGAUUAACAGCUUCUCCGACCAUAAGUUUACUGAAACCCACCAUCACUGGAGACGGAAACUAGAAGGAAAAUAUGUAGAAAAGGAAUGCGCUCAAAAGCAAACUUGUCCAUUGUGUACACAAGAUAAGAGAUGUAUUUGGUGCCGAGAAGAAAGGGUUUGCAAAAAGUACUGUUUUCCAUAUUCUGACUGUAGCUUCAAUUCCAUAUUUUGGGCAAACUGUAGAGUUGAUAUGUUUGGAAUCAUGAUGCUGAUACUGGUUGCGAUAUUAGUGAUCGGAUUCUUGUCGUAUUGCCUCUCCUAUUACUUAUACAUGCAGGAGUACCCGGCCUUUUAUCAGGCAAGAGGUGGACCAAUUCCUGGUUAUAACUGGAAUGCUCCAGGCAAGUGCUUUCGUCUCUUUGAUAGGCGCCCCUAA